CUCCCGCGCAGUCACUUUGCGCCAAGUGCGCGGCCGCCGAUGGGGGAGGGGAGACGCACGUAAGCAGUCGCGGAAGGUGCCGGAUCUUAACUACUACGAGACACCGACCUUUUGUUCCCUUGUUAGCGGUCUGUCACAUAUAUAUUUUUCUCCGCGACCGCUAGGCCAAACAUGGCCGGCGCCCGACAGCUUCCAGCCGAUCGCUUCAGUCGUAGGAGGAGGGGCCGGCGGCAGGUCGGCUAGGCCACUGUUAGGCCUCGCCACAUCUCUGGAGCAGGGCACGUCCCUUUCAACAUCUUAACUGCACCUUCACCUUUGGUUCCUCCAAAAAAGCUGAGGACGUUGGCAUUUAACAUCACCUGGACACCGCCUUCCUUCACCCACAUCCCUGUUAUUCGGAUUCCACCUUCUGUCCUGAGCUGAUUCCUAGGAAGACUGACCACUGCUUCACUUCCACCCAAUCGGGGGAGUGACCCCCCAGGAUUUACAGUUUCCUAUAUAUUUACUUGUGGAGUGUCUGGGCUGUCUGUGGGCACAGUCAUGGAAACCAAAACGAUUGUGUACGACCUGGACACUUCUGGGGGGUUAAUGGAGCAAAUUCAAGCACUCCUUGCUCCCCCAAAGACAGAUGAUGGGGAGAAGAAAAGCAGGAAACCAGAGAAAGAGCCCAGGAGAAGUGGCAGGGCUACCAACCAUGACAGCUGCGAUAGCUGCAAAGAAGGAGGCGAUCUCUUAUGCUGUGACCACUGCCCAGCUGCCUUUCACCUCCAGUGCUGCAAUCCUUUGCUAAAAUUGGAGAUGCUACCUCCGGGAGAGUGGAUGUGUCAUCGGUGCACCAUACGAAGGAAGAAACGUGAACGAAAGAAGGAGCUGGGGCAAGUUAAUGGGUUGUAUGAUAGGUAUGGACGGAGGACAGUAUCACCCACUAUUGACUUGGAUUUUCCUGAGAGAGCUGCUGGCAGCUACCGGGCCCUUGCACAAGCCAGAAUGCUGGAGAGAAGAGUCAGCCGUCCAGGCACUCCUACGUCAAGUGCCAGCACGGAUACUCCCACCUCUGAGCCAAAUGACAUGGAUGAGGAUAUGAUUGAUGUAGACGAUGAGCCCCCCUCUCUGGAGUCAGAGUAUGGUCAUGCUCAGCUAAAGAGACCGUUCCAGUUGCUAAUUGCAGCUGCUAUGGAACGAAAUCCCACCCAGUUUCAGCUGCCCAAUGAACUAACCUGCACCACAGCACUUCCAGGUACCAGCAAAAGGCGAAGAAAAGAAGAAACAGGGAAAAAUGCCAAAAAAGCACAGCAUGAAUUAGAUCACAAUGGUCUUGUUCCUUUGCCAGCUAAAAUCUGCUUCACUUGUAAUCGGAGCUGUCGUGUUGCACCUCUUGUUCAGUGUGAUUAUUGCCCACUCUUGUUUCAUAUGGACUGUUUGGAUCCUCCACUCACUGCCAUGCCAACCGGUCGUUGGAUGUGUCCCAACCAUAUUGAGCACAUAGUGCUGAACCAGAAGAGUAUGACGCUGAGUAAUCGAUGCCAGGUAUUCGAUCGAUUUCAAGACAACAUUUCUCAACAUGCAGUGAAGCUGGACUUCCUCAGACGUAUUCACAAAAUACAUCCCCCAAACCGCAGGAUACUGCCAUCAGUCAAGAAACAAACUGUCAAGGUUCCUGAUUCUAUCAAGUCACAUUAUCGGUCCCCACCAGAUCUACUUCCUUCUGCAGGAAUAAGAGAUGGAGAAUUAAUCUGUAAUGGGGUACCAGAUGAUUCACAGAAGCACCUAUUGCACUCUGAGCACUUAACAAGCCAAAUGGAGCAGCAAGAGUGGCUUCGUAGUGUUGUUGCACUUCAGUGCAGCAUAUUGAAACAUUUGUCUGCUAAGCAGAUGUCUACGUCUUGGAGUUCAGAUAAUGCAGAGACUUUGGACAUGAAGCCAGUUAUAACAUCUGAUGGGACAGUUACAAACUCUCAUCCGCACACUGAUGGUCCUCUUUCUGCAUCUUUAGGUAGGUGUCAAAGUGGUCAGACCACAUCUUUUCAUGAGGAUAGUUCUUAUGUGGUUAAACCACGUCUCUUGUCCAACUGUGGUGCUUCAAAUGGACCUGCUGAGUCCAAAUUAAAUGGACCUCAUACUUACAGUAUUAGCCCAGAACCUGCAGAACAGUUAACAGACUCUCAAAGACUAACAAGUCCAAGUCCUGGUAUUUCAGUUAUGUCUCAGCGACAAGCUCGACCCAGGCCUGGCACACCACCCUCAUCUACUCUUCUCCCUAACCACAUUGUAAAGACUGAGAAUUCAGCUGGACCGUUGCCAUGUGUACAACGGCUCCCAGUGCCUGCCAUUACUCCUCCAAGCUCCUGCACAAGUCCAGAGCCUUCAAGCACUUUGUCACGAAAACAUGCUCACUUGCAGCUUGGCCCCCCACUGAACAUGCAUGAUUCAAGGCCAGUGGGUUCUCCUCUUUCUGGCACAAGGGCACUUACACCACCCCAGGCACUUGGAGAUGGAAUGGCCUCUGCAGCACCUGGAGCCUCUAGACUUUGUGCAGCAUCACCAAUAACUCCAGAUGGCAAAAUACGGCCUAGUACAUUACUUCUAGAAGGCACUUCAACUGGUCCCUCCUCAAAUACAAUAAACUCUUCAGCUAUGAUGGAGCUUACAAAUUCCCUCAGAACGUUAAUGGAUGGAAAUGGAGAUAUCCAAAUAAAUCUGCUGGAUGAGAAGUUAAUAAAGUUCUUGGCCAUGCAGAGAAUCCAGGAGAUCUUUUCCUCCAAAGAUAAUCAUGUUGCCACUUCUACCCGUCCUCAACCUGCUCCUUCUCUUGGAAAUCACUUGGAUGCACACAGAAGAGAUGUACAGGCUAGGGCUGUUUUUUAUCCACUAAUGAUGGGCGUUGGUGCGCCAGUAAAUAUGUGUUACAGGACUCUAUACAUUGGCGCAGGAGCUGACAUGGACGUUUGCCUUACUAAUUAUGGCCACUGUAACUAUGUGUCUGGCAAACAUGCCUGUAUAUUUUAUGAUGAAAGCGCUGCAAGAGCCAAAGCCCGGAAGUGGAACCAGUAAAGGAAGAGGCAGUGAUGAACUCUCAGGCACAAGGUCCUCAUCUGCAGCCAUGCAAUUGCAAAGCCAGCAGCUCUAGUCUCAUUGGGGGAAGUGGAGCAGGGUGGGAAGGGACUGCACUUCUGCACCAUGGAAGCUACAUUAAGUUGGGCUGCAUUCAGUUUCUCUUCUCAAUCACAGAAUUUGCAACUAGACAGCCCAAAGGUGAGAGUGACACCUUAGCACAAGACCUUGAUUUGGAGGACAAGCUGUCUCUUAAGCCACCUCAUCAGGUGCCGGUUUUACGGUCAAACUCUGUUCCUUAGAAGCGCCAAACACUAGAACUUGUUAAACAAAAAACUCUUCCUGAAUACGAUGGACUCAUCAGAGCAAACAUGUCCAGUGGCCUCCUGGAAAACUCCUGUUUUUUUUGGCCUGAAAGUUUGCACAUUUGCAUGAUAUGAAGAAAUGUCACUUUUUUUUUUUCUCUCUCUCUCUCCUUGGCUCAUGUUUUAGGGGCAUUUGCACAUAUAUUUCUAUCAUACAUUUCAUAUAUUAUAAAUAUAUAUAAAUAUAUAUUUUUUUUAUGUAAAAUUCAAAAUAAGCAAUCUUCCCAUAAUGAGUCUCAUAGGACAGGAAUAUGAAGACUUUCUGCAGUCCCAGGAAAGUAAAUUUGGAAGGAUUUAUUUUUUUCUCCACAUCAUUGUAAAUUAUUAGACACAAACUUAUAUUUCGUGACCAUGACAAUUUUAUAUAAAAACUUGAUUAAGGUUUUCUUUCCAUACAGUAAAUUAAGUCUUUGUUUUCGAUAACAUUGUCCAUCUAUAUCUCCACACAGUAAACUAUCCUUAAACACUCUAUUAACUACACUUGCAAUAAAUGUAGCUUCCCUUACAGUAAAACUGCAUUGAGGUCUUUGUACAUACACAACUGAAAGCUGCCCUUUCCCUCAAAACAAUUUUUUUUAUCAUUUUUAACUGUGUACAGUGCUGAGUGUAAUAUGCCUUUGGGGCUCCUGUCUGUUGUAACAAAACAUUUUGUCGUACAUCUGUUUGUCCCAGUUUCUUUUUUCUUUUUUAUUAUUGUAAUACUUCUACCCCUCCUUGUGGAGGUUGGACAAGCUAGAUUCAUUGUAAAUAUUAACUGUAUUGUUUUAGAUUUUACAGAACUUUUUCCUGUAUUCUGUAUAUAUAAAAAGUUGAUUCUUUCUGA